UUUCCGUAAAUUUUCAUAACUCCACAGACAGCGUUUCCUUCGCAAGUGCAGCGUCCAGCAAAGACAAUCCGACGUAUUUAUUUGAAGCCUCAUUUAAUUUCUCGGUGAAGGAUUACAGGAGGUGCACCACAUUAGGAGUUACGCUGAAUAUAAAGAGGAGAUUAUCUCUGAGACAUGAUGGAGAUUGAAAUGUCUAAAAUGCAGCCAAGCCAACAGGACAUGGAUCUGAUCGAUAUCCUGUGGCGGCAGGAUGUGGAUCUGGGCGCGGGCCGUGAGGUGUUCGACUUCAGCUACCGGCAGAAGGAGGUGGAGCUGCGCAGGCGGAGGGAGCAGGAGGAGCAGGAGCUGCAGGAGCGUCUGCAGGAGCAGGAGAAGACACUGCUGGCUCAGCUGCAGCUCGACGAGGAGACCGGAGAGUUCCUGCCGCGCAGCACACCGCUCACACACACACCUGAAGCAGACGGAGGAGGAGCGGGAGAAAUCACACAGAAUGGGGCUUUUGCAGAACAGGAGGCCGAUCCCAUGUCAUUCGAUGAGUGCAUGCAGCUCCUGGCUGAAACCUUUCCACUAACAGAGCCGGCUGAGUCGGCUCCGCCUUGCCUGAACACCUCCGCUCCACCUUCCACUGAUCUCAUGAUGCCCGCAGACGUCCCGGCGUUUACCCAGAAUCCUUUGCUGCCAGGAUCUCUGGAUCAGGCCUGGAUGGAGCUGCUGUCACUCCCAGAGUUGCAGUGCCUCAACAUGCAAAUGCAGGAGACGUUGGAUAUGAAUGCAUUCAUGAAACCUUCCACAGAAGCACCAACCCAAAACUACGGCCAAUAUCUACCCGGGAUGGACCAUCUCGGCUCGGCUCAAACAGAAGUGUGUCCUCCUGAAUUCACCAACACCUAUAAUGGAUCCUUCAACACUAUGGUGUCACCCAACAUGAAUCAACUGAGUCUGAACGUCCCGGAUGUGGGAGCCGAGUUUGGCCCUGAAGAAUUUAACGAGCUGUUUUAUCCAGAGAUGGAGGUAAAAGUGAACAACCCUCCGAUUACAUCAGAUGGCGGAAAUAUGGUCGGCGAUCCUCCUGUAAACCCAAUAGAUCUACAGAGCUUCUCACCGGGAGAUUUCAGCUCAGGGAAACCAGAUCCAAUCGUGGAGUUUCAAGAUUCUGACUCGGGUUUGUCCCUAGAUGCAAGUCCUCACAUGAGCUCUCCGGGGAAGUCCAUAACUCAAGACGGAUCAUUCGGAUUUAGUGAUUCUGACUCGGAGGAGAUGGAAGGAAGUCCGGGAAGCAUGGAGUCAGAUUACAAUGAGAUAUUCCCAUUGGUGUACCUCAACGAUGGCUCCCAGACUCCACUCUCUGAGAAAUCCUCGACGGAGAAACAAGAGAUGAAACUGAAAAACCCAAAGAUGGAGCCGGCGGAGGCUAGCGGACACUCCAAACCUCCGUUCACCAAAGACAAGCUGAAGAAGCGCUCCGAGGCGCGGCUCUCCCGUGACGAACAGAGAGCGAAAGCCUUGCAGAUACCGUUUACCGUGGAUAUGAUCAUCAAUCUGCCCGUAGACGACUUUAACGAGAUGAUGUCCAAACACCAGCUCAACGAAGCCCAGCUAGCGCUCGUUCGGGAUAUCCGCCGACGAGGCAAGAACAAAGUGGCGGCGCAGAACUGCCGCAAGCGCAAGCUGGAGAACAUCGUGGGAUUGGAGUACGAGCUGGACUCGCUGAAGGAGGAAAAAGAGCGUCUGAUGAAGGAAAAGAGCGAACGCAGCAGCAACCUGAAAGAGAUGAAGCAGCAGCUGAGCACGCUCUAUCAGGAGGUUUUCGGGAUGCUUCGAGAUGAGAACGGAAAGGCUUUCUCGCCUAACGAAUUCUCCCUUCAGCACACCGCGGACGGCACUGUUUUCCUAGUUCCUCGCCUUAAAAAGACUCUUGUGAAGAAUAUCUAGCUUUGUCCUUCCUCCUUCUCUCUUCCUCUACACUUUGCUUCUGUUUUUUUGGUACUGCUUUUCUCUUGCUAACACUGUGUCCUGAUCAGAAGUGAUAUGAAUGCAAUAAAGCGUCAAAAUCGGCGACAAAAUUGGACGAACACUAACACGGGUUUUUUCAAAAACGCACUUUUUUUCGAAAAAAAUUAAAAAAAAUAAAAAGUCAUUAUCGCCGCCUGUUGGUUCGGAGGCUCUUAACAUCGUUUGUAAAAAUACCCAUGUAAGUGUGGACAUGGCCUAAAACAACAUCUUAUUAUAGUUUUGCGCUUGAGCGCCUCCAAGUGCUGUUGCCACAAAAGUGGCAAUCUGAUUGGUGGAGAAGGUUUUGCACGUUGGUGUGCAUGAUCAGAUUGGUGCCCUUUAUUUAGUAAAGAGGCAAUAAACAUCGACGGAAAACACGAGCAAAAAACGUCUUGGUGUGCACGGGCCUUAACUUUCGCAAUGCAGCAGGUGAUCGUAAGGUGAUUACGAUUGUAGCUUGUCAGAAUUUACGAACAUGAUACAAAUAUCUCACCAUAACAUAUCAAUAGUUAUAAUAUGAGAAUCAAGUUGAGUCAAAAACGAAUGAGUUAAACCUCAUGUGAUAGGUUUAUUAACCCAUUUUCUAAAAUAAUAGUUAAUUACAAAUGUAAACAAUUUGAAGCAUUAAUUACGAAAUAAAUAAUCCCGAUAAGAGGAAUACAAUUGUAGCUUGUCAGAAUCUCCGAACAUGAUACACACCUUAAAAUAGCAGUUGUCAUAAUAUACGACAAUCUGAGUUGAGUUUAACGUAAUCUGUAAUAUGUUUAGUAUUCCUAAAUCUUUCUUAACUGCUAAUGUAAACAAUUUGUAGUGUGAAUUUCUAAAUUUUCCAGUGGUGCUUUAAAGUUAUUGCGAUAAUGGUAAUACAAUUGUAGCUUGUCAGAAUGUAUGAACAUGACACAAAUGUUACAAUGUAAGAUAUCAUUGAUCGCAGAUGAAGAAAUUGUAAAAACUAUGAAACAUGCUUGGUGAUUCUCCACUAGGUGGCGAUCUGAGUCAAUUGGUAUUAUCGCCCGCUAGUGGAGAACCAUACAAUUUUAGAGAUGUUUUGAAACCGUUAUGACGUAAUGCAGACUCAUUUAAUGACAUCAUGUGAUCUUGCAAAAUUAAUACACGAUUCGAACCACUGACUCGAAACAAAAGAUUCAUAAAAGUUUGAAAGUAGUCGCAUGCAGUGCGAAAAAAUGAAACUGAAAUGACACUAAACUGCAAGCGUAAACUAUUCGUAGCAUUAUUUUUGAAAUUUCUCAGUGGUGCUUUGACGUGUUUGCAAUUUCUGCCUCAUGACGUUUUGCACUUCUAUUGGUUCUUGGUUUUAUCGUUAUCGUAGUUGAUGUCACACUGCAGACAUGUGUCUGAAAACUUCUGACAAUGCCAGAAUUUCAUUGUUUAACAAAUUAUCGCAUUAAUCAGCUGUUGGUGAACAUUUCAAACCAAUGAUCAAAGAACACAGAUUUUAGAAUAGGAUUUAGUCAUCUUAGGAUUUCCAAAAUUGUAAAAACUUUGAAACAUGUUCAGUGAUACUCCACUAGGUGGCGAUCUAAGUGAAAUGGAAUCAUCACCCGCUAGUGGACAACCAUUAAAUUUUUGAACUUUCAUAACAGUUAUGACGUAACGAAGACUCGCUUAAUGAAAUCAAGUGAUCUUGCCAAUUUAAUAUGCGAUUCGACCACAGACUCGAAACAAAAGAUUCAUAAAAGUUUAAAAGUAGUCGCAUGCAGUGCUUAGAGAAAAAUGAAAUUGAAAUGACACUCAACUGCAAGCGUAAACUAUUCGUAGCAUUAUUUUUGAAAUUUCUCAGUGGUGUUUUGACGUGUUUGCAAUUUCUGCCUCAUGACGUUUUGCGCUUCUAUUGGUUCUUGGUUUUAUCGUUAUCGUAGUUGAUGUCACACUGCAGACAUGUGUCUGAAAACUUCUGACAAUGCCAGAAUUUUAUUGUUGAACAAAUUAUCGCAUUAAUCAGCUGUUGGUGAACAUUUCAAACCAAUGAUCAAAGAACACAGAUUUUAGAAUAGGAUUUAGUCAUCUUAGGAUUUCCAAAAUUGAUCACCGAUGAAGAAAUUGUAAAAACUUUGAAACAUGUUCAGUGAUUCUCCACUAGGUGGCGAUCUAAGUGAAAUGGAAUCAUCACCCGCUAGUGGACAACCAUUAAAUUUUCGAACUUUCGUAACAGUUAUGACAAAACGAAGACUCGCUUAAUGAAAUCAAGUGAUCUUGCCAAUUUAAUAUGCGAUUCGACCACAGACUCGAAACAAAAGAUUCAUAAAAGUUUGAAAGUAGCCAUCACCAGUCGCAUGCAAUGAUUAGAGAAAAAAAAAAAAAAAAAAAAAAAAAAAAAAUCGCAACUGGUUUGGACACAGUGUACAUCUUACGCAAAGGAAACAACUAAAUAGGAGCGUAUUUUGCUUAUACAACGACUGUUGAAACGGCAGAACUAUUAUAUACGUUUUGCGUAUUCUACUUUCCUAACAUUCUUAACCUCCGUUGGAUUUUGUACUCCUUUAUAUUUUUCUCUGAGAUUCUUUUACCUGUAUGGUUUGUAAAUACAUUUAUACUUUAUUUGCUAUCGAGAUAGGAAUAAACGUACUGUAUAUAUAUAUAUAUUAAAAGAAAAGAGAUCACGUUUUAGUAAGCUAAAAUUGUUGUGAUCAUUUUAAGUCUGCACUUAAGUCGGUUUUUUAUAUCUUAAUUUACUAUUCUACUGCUGUUUUACCUCUUGACUCUAUGGCUUUAUAUGAUAAAUAAAUAAAUAUUUAAACCAG